AUGCGAUCCGAACGAAAAUCUCACUCACCUCUGCACCGUCUGAGGCUGGCCAGCCUGAGGCGCGUCAGCGUGCCGCUGCUGCCGCACGGGCUCUUGCUGGUCUGUGGCCUGCUUGCGGCCGGCGCAGCGCUUGGCUCGCUGCUGUGGCAGCCUGCGCCGGUGCCCACGCGCUCAACAGACUUCGCGCACUUGUCCGCACCUCGGCAAUCCGGCCCUCCAUCUUGGGACCAGCUGGAAGGGGAUGCGAGCGGCCCUGCCGACGCGGAGCGGGAUCCUCUCGCAGACGCGAGUGAUGACGGCGGCGACAGCGACGGAGGCUGGCUUGAGGCGGUUGGCCCGCAUCCCGUCAACAUGAGCAACGUCGUGGUCGGGCUGAUGACAUGCGACCGCUUCCUGCCGACGCGCGGCGCCGCCCUCCGCGACACGUGGCUCUCCCGCGCCCGUCGCGUCCUCUACUUCUCCGACGACGCCUUUGCUUCCGACGGCGGCCGCGGACCUCGGCGCGAGCCUCCUGCCUUCGGAGCGCCGCUGGUGAGGCACGCCUUCGCGCCGACGCGGCCGGGCGAAACUGUGCCCGAACGCAUCUAUUCCGGAGGCAACUGGCGCGCUGUCCCCAUCCUACGCUCUGUGGCGGAGGCAUUCUUCACGGCCGACGCGGCGGCGCGGCUAGCCGCACAAGGCGAGCCGGCGGCGGAGUGGGCGUUCCUCGCGGACGACGACUCGUUCGUGAUCACGUCGCAGUUGACGGCAACGCCUUCUCGGUACCUCGCGUGGAGGGCCACGCUUUCCCGGUACGACCCCUCCAAGCCGCACUACCUCGGCUACGCCUUCCUCGCGGCGCCUCACCUCGAGGGCGUUAUCAAGGGGAAGCGGCAGCCAAAGUUCGCCAACGGCGGCGCGGGGCUCGCGCUGUCUCGCGCAGGCAUGGCGCAGGUGCUGCCGCAUUUGGCCGCAUGCGAGCACGCCUACAAGUGGAACUGGCCAGGCGACGUGCGCACCGCGCAGUGCUUGCUCGAUGCAGGCGUCCAGCUCACGUGGGUUCGGUCCUUUCACUCGGAGAGCCCGCCGACCAUCCUGGAAAAGGCCAAGCCGCCCCCCGGGUCGGUCGCGGUUGGGCUUACUUUGCCACCCGUCUCCUUUCACCACGCCCUUGCCCCACACUCCAGCGUUGUGGAGCCCGUUUUACCCACUUCGCCGCCGGCUGCAGAGUGGCUGUCGCGCCUCGAGGCGAUGAGCGUCGUGCGGCACGGUGGCAUGUACUACGAUUUCGGCGACGACCGGUUCGGAGAGCGGCUGGAGACCGUGUCCGUGGAGGGCGACGCGGCGAGCGGCAUCGCUUUUGUGCAGCGCUAUGCGGGGGGCGAUUGUCGCGAGGUGUCGUUUGCCGCGUCGCUGCUGCGUCGCGCUGUUUCUCGGUCGCCGGCCGCGUCGACGCUGGGUCGCGCGAUCCUGCGCGGCCUCGACGUCGGCACUGGGGCGGGGAAGGCGGACGUCGUCGUGGACGGCGUCGCGACGUUCGCGUGGUCGCCACGCUGUACGGACGCCGCCACCGGCACGUCUCUCACAUGUGCGGGGGUCAUUCUGGCCGGAGGACAGACGGUUCGCAAUUUGACCCUGUUCGUGCGCGUCUUGGCGGGCACGGCGGCGGUGGCGCUGACCGACGUUGCGCCUCCGCUUGGCGUGAGGUUGCGAGUGUUGCGGCGGCGCGAUUCACCAGUACUUCUCACCGGCGACGCUGCGCCGCGCGGGCCCGGCGCGCUCUCGCUCCCCGCCAUCGAGCCCCGGCCGCUAGCCAUCGUGUUGGAGCACGAUUGCGGCGGCGGCGGCGGCAAGAGUUCACCCCAGGCGAAGGAGCGCUCGGGCGCGGCGUUGGCGACGUUGCGCGCGCAUGGACACCCGCCGAUCCGGCUGAAGUGGCAGGUAGAGUGUUGAAGACGAGUAGUCAGUAUAUCUAGACUCUAGCCGUACGCGCCGGGAGAGUCU